AUGCUGAAGAUAAAUUGGGUAGGUGUGAUAUUCCCAUCUCUGCUGCAACUUCAUAAGGGAAUAACCGACAUUGACGAGAGGAAACAGAGAGAGAUCUGUGAGACUAAAUACAGGAGAACUGACGAGAUGGAUAAGGGUAAGAUGUCUGAAAUUGAGAUCGAGAGAGAGGAAGAAUGUGGGAUUUGCAUGGAAAUUGAUACUAAGGUUGUCUUGCCGACUUGCAGCCAUUCAUUGUGCAUGAAAUGCUACAAGAGCUGGCGGACCCGAUCUCAGUCGUGUCCAUUUUGUAGGGACAGUUUGAAAAGGAUGAAUUCUGGGGAGCUUUGGAUCUACCCGAGCAAUUGUGAGAUUGUUGAUUUAUCUAUCAUUGCACGGGAAAAUCUGAAGAGACUAAUCAUGUAUAUCGAAAAGCUGCCUCUUGUUGUUCCAGAUUCGGUAGUGGUUUCUUAUGAUCCUUGUAUGCGAUGA